CAAGAAAUACACUUCAGAUUUGGGCGACAAAAAUAGUUAAUUCCCAUUUUGAGUACGAUGUAGUAGACCCCAAAUCUAAACGACAAGUCGCAUAUAUGUUAUGCGCACAUAUUAAAUAGCCAAAUCCCCCCGACUAAAACGCAAACUCCUUGCACUUUUUCACUCCUCUUUUCUUGUGUGCUCUCUUCUCUCCGAUAUGGAGUGGACUAGAGGGCCUGUCAUCGGCCGUGGCUCCACCGCCACUGUCUCGCUAGCCACCUCGGUUUCCUCCGGUGAGCUCUUUGCGGUUAAGUCUACAGAGCCAUCUAAGUCUAUGUUCCUGCAAAAAGAACAAUACUACCUAUCUAAACUAAGUUGCCCUUAUGUAGUCAAGUACUUGGGCUUUGAUAUUACAGACGAAGAAAGUAAGCCUAUGUACAAUAUUUGCAUGGAGUACGUCCCCGGCGGCUCCCUCCACGAUGCGAUUCAGAGGCAUGGAGGUCAGCUAGAUGAGCUUAUGAUAAGAUUAUACACACGCGAUAUCUUACGAGGCUUGGAGUACUUGCAUACAAAUGGUUUGGCCCAUUGUGACAUCAAGAGCAAGAAUGUUCUGGUAAGUAAAGAAGGAGCGAAAAUUGCCGAUUUCGGCUGUGCUAAAUUUGUUGAGAAGGUUGCUGGUGCCAUGUCAGAAUUUUCUGGUACACCGGCUUUCAUGGCUCCCGAGGUGGCUCGUGGAGAAGAGCAGGGGUUCCCAGCUGAUUUGUGGGCUUUGGGGUGCACAAUCAUAGAGAUGGCAACUGGGAAUAUCCCAUGGACAGAGCAUCAAAAUGACCCAGUAUCGGCUCUGUAUCAGAUUGGGUUCUCCAGUGAGGUGCCUAAGUUUCCCAGCUGGUUAACAGAGAAGGGUCAGGAUUUCUUGAGCAAGUGUUUAAGGAGAGAUCCAAAAGAGCGAUGGACGGCUAAAGAAUUACUCGAUCAUCCAUUUCUUGAUGAUUUGGACGUGGAGUUAAAGGAAGUGGAGGAGUUUACAAUGACUUCUCCAAGUUGUGUACUGGAUCAAGAUUUCUGGAAUUCAAUGGAAGCAACACUUGGAGGUUUUUCGAAUUCGAAUUCUCCGGCAGAGAGAAUCAAGAAGUUGGUUGAAUGUACUUGCCCUGUGGAUAUACCCAAUUGGACUUGGGAAGAGGAUGAGUGGAUUAGAGUUAGAAGUAAUUUCGAGGGGAGGGAUGUGAUCUCGGUGGAUACACCUUCAGUUCCAACUGCAUUCUUGGCCUCAGAUUCAAUUAUUUAUGAACAAGAGCUUGAAAGCUUGCUUUUUUAUGAAGAUUUGCUAAUGGAAUUCUUUCUUGAAAAUGAAAACAUCAGUAGUAAUAGUAAUGUUAGUAUUAGUGAAGGAUAUGAUUUUGUAUUAGAAAAUCACAAUUUUGAGACAGAUAAUGAUAAAUCUUGUUUUCUCCCAUCUCAUUUCAUACUUGUCCUUUGUUUUAGCUAUCUGUUCUUGGCAAAAAUUUUCAUUGACGAGCUAAAAUUAAGCUCCCUUUGUUUUUUCCGGUUGAGCAGAGAUGACCGGUAGAUACAGAUGCCGAUUCCUCUGUUUUGGAUAAAGGGUUGAUGAUUUUGAACUUUGAAGUCCUCUAAUUGGUCAAUCUUGGGUUUGGUUCAGAAGCCUGUAGUGCAAACAGAGAAGACUUUAGGUAGAUGUUACAUAGUCAACGUCGGCUUGCUGCCCUUUCGAGGGUCAAUUGAGACCAAGUAGGCAUCCAAGUCCUUCCACUGGUACCAGGUCCAACUUGAGUUCGCCCGUAUGGGACCUGAUAAGGCAAGAGUACCUGUCUGUUCCACAGCUCGCCUUGAACCACCCAGUGUGGACCUUGAUUUGGUGUUUCAUAAUGAAAGUUUUGAACAUCAAAAUCCACCAUUGGUGGCUCCACUUAUCGGGUGUUCUAGUGGCCCUAACUUUUUCUUUGUCAGGUGAAGAUGUAGGACUUGGUUUCCCACUGGAGAACUAUAAGAAAGGCGAUUAGUUGGUUUGUCUCCCUUCUUUCCAGUGCAACAAAAAAAGAAAGGUUGGCUUGUCUCCUCAUAGGAUAUGAUCCCUAUUAGAUAGGACUCGCCACUUUUAAAAAGAUGGGUACAUAAUUAUAUGCAUGUAAUGUGAAAGAAUCAAUAUAUGUUGGUCCUAUUUAUCACCCA